AUUCAUCCAACAAGACUCUCUUCCUUCAUUCUUGUGAGUUUUAAAACAAAUAAAUAAAAGAUUCUCCCUCCUCUUUCCCUAGGGUUUUUGGAAGCGAUGGAGGUUUUGGCGAAGCAAGCGGUAUGGCGCCCAGGGUUUUGCGCGCCGUCAAGGAGUUCUAGGAUGAGCGCCCGGGCAAUGCAUGGCGAAAGCAGUGUCAGAUCGAUUCCGAGUCCACAGAAGCCGAUUCGAGCAGAGAUUAAGGUACCGGUUCCUCCAGUAGGCAAGAACAGCAGCGCUGGCGAGGAGAAGGAAGAUUUCGAGGAGAAGGCGCCGAUUCCAGCUCCUGUGGAGGAUAUUUCGGUGGAUUACUACGAGCCAAAGCUCGGGGAUGUUGUUGUGGGGAUGGUAGUGUCCGGGAACAGCAGCAAAUUGGAAGUGGACAUAGGAGCUCAAUCGCUGGGAAUGAUGUUUGCGCGGGAUCUUGUUCCUUUCGAGAGGUUCAAGCUGGAAGAUCGAAUGUGGAGGAUUGACGACGAUAAUUCUGAUGGUUAUUCGGAGAGAUUUGUUCCACCAACAAGUGGUCGGGCUUGUCUCGUGAAAGAUGACGAGGCAUUGGAUGCUUCCGCUGGUGGCGAUCUCAUGGUGGAGCCUGGGACGAUUGUGCAGCUUUUGAUAAUCGGGAAGACUUUGAGCGGCACAGCUUUGCUAUCUAUGCGGAACUUUUCUCGACCGAUCGCAUGGCAACGAGUGAGAGAUAUUCACAGCGCUGAAGAAAGUAUAGAAGUCCGGAUUGAAUCGUACAAUCUCGGUGGGCUGAUCUGUCGGAUUGAGGGGUUGACAGCUUUCCUUCCAAAAGAUAUGAUCCAGAACUCGCCUCGGGAUAUCACACAGCUGAAAGACUAUGUGGGAAGAACUUUGCUUGUGAUGAUUAUUGAGGUAGAGGAAGCAAAAGCGAGAAUACUUGUGAACGAACGCGCAGCAUGGGUACAACAGCUUGCACCCCCGGACUCACUAGUUGAAGGUGUUGUCAAGAAGGUUGAAGCUUAUGGAGUUGUUGUCAGCAUUGAUGAAACAGAUUUAAGCGCAUUGCUCCAUAUAUCGAACAUAUCCCAUCGAAGAAUUGCUCGCGUGGCCGACAUUUUUGCGGAAGGUGAUCGCAUCAAGGCAGUGGUACUGAGACCUCGAGUUCCGGACAAAGUCAUCUUAAGCACUUCACUCUUGGAGCGCGAGAAGGGAUCGAUUAUCGCAGACAAGGAGAAAGUGUUCAGAGAAGCUGACGACGCUUUCAAAGACUGGAGGAGGGACAAAUCGAAAUUUGUAGACGAUGUCCGGAGGUCCAAGACCGGCUCAUACGAAGAGACGCUGAAACAAGCACGGGAAGUGGAGACGAAGCAAAUCGCCAACUUGGACUGGUUGGAUUUUGAAGAAAACAAGUAACCAAACAGCCUGUACCCAUCCAUGUCUUAUAAACUGGAUGGGAAGUGCUUGGAACAGCCAAGAAGAAGAAA